ACAGCAGAUGCAAACACAACUCUACCCAUAGCAAAUACCCACAGCCUUUCUUCAGUUCAGUGUUUUACGGCUUUACUUGCUCUGAACCAGACUAAUAAUGGAGGUGUCUGGUGAGUCAAUGAAAUAUACAGAGGACAAACUGAGACCGGUCAGCAGCAAGUUUGUGGAGCUCCAUGUGCUGUUUGCACCAGCUGACCUAUGGAAUAUGAAACUCAAUAAAGUUCCAGCUGAAGCCACAGAGGGCUUUAUUUCUGCUGGCUUUAUCAGAGUUUUUCCUGAAACCACCCUGCAGACUCUGAGGGGUGAGUUGGGGGCUCUCCUUGGGUCAGAGAGGAGCAUCCAUAAAUUCUCCUUCCUGAAAUGUGUUGGCCGCAGUCUGGCGCUGGUCAAAAGCAAACAGGAGACUGAUCUGAAAGUGAAAACAUUCGCCCCACCCUAUGCGGCUCAGCCAGAGCUGUACCUGCUGCACACUCCAGAGGCAGACAGCAAUUUCUGCCCCCAGUCCUUCACCCUGGAUUCCAGCAGCAGCUCCCCAGAGCAGCAGGCCUGCCCCAACCUUUCCAAGAUGUACGACGGAACAAUGGGGACAAAGAAGCCCAUUAAAUUCCCUCACAUAACGCAAUGUUCCCGGCAACGGGUUCCUGGCUCCGGUAUGGAAGAGGGACAUGAAGAUGAAGAAGGUGCAAACAGCUCCACCUACUCUGAUGAAGCUCUGAGUUUUAUCAAGAGAACAGAGCCAGAGAGAUGUGAGGAGAAGCCUGGGAUUCAAAGGGCAAUGCAGCUUGUUUCACUUGGAAAAGCUUUGGAGACAUGUGAGGCUGAUCCAGGCCAGGCAAUGUGUUCACCAGAAAAUGAGGAGACCUGGAGAAAAACCAAACAUCAACACAGAGACAGACUUUCAGGGGCAGCUGAGUCUCUGGAGGACGGAGAUUUAUGUUUUUUGCUCACAGACAGGUACAUUGUAACAUACUUGGAAGCCUUCUUACUAUUUGUAUUUAGUCCUUUUAUAAGAAAAAUACAUCUGAUGUCUAGAUUUUUUUCAGCUGUACUUGUAUGUUUUAGUGUUGGAAAAUUAAGAUUGAAAGAUCGACACACUGAGAGCUGCAUCAGAAAAACAACAACAAAUGGGGUGUUGGAAUGUCCAGCUGUGUCUUCGCAACAAGUUCAGUGCACAAAUUCACCCCAAGGUCCAGAUUUGGCCAGCAGUAAAGCAGCUUCUGCCUCACUAGUGUUUCUCAUAAAAAGAGAGGAUCUAAUGGAGGAAAUCAAACUGGUGAGGGAGGAGAGAAAGCAGCUGGAAUGGACCAGACAGCAGCUAUUGUGGAAAGGAAAAGACUUGUUGGCUCAGAACCGACACCGCAGGAAUCAAGCUCGGGACACCUGGAAAAAGAAAUACUUUGAAACCAAGAAGGCAACAACUCCACUGGAGGAACAUCUGAGAAACUUGAGACAAGAACUGGAGAUAUUUUAUAACAAAGUCCUGCAUCAGCUCCAAGCCAGAGAGAAAGCACGGAGGCAGGGGAGGUCAUCAGAAAAGAAUGAGCUCAUCAUUCAGAUCAUGAGGGAAACCCAAGAGAUCGACAACCUGAAGAGGAAGCUAGAAGAUUCCAAGAUGAAGCUGAUAACAGAGAUAAAGUUGAAAGAGCAGGCUGCUACUGAGCUCAGAGACCUGAAGGCUGAACUCGCUCAAAAGAAGAAUAGUCAUCUCCUUCCUGGAUGGGGCGGAAACACAUCAUGGAGCAAAACACAAGUUAAAUACAGCUUCAUCAAUGUCAACAAAACUGCUCUUCCAAGCAAUUAAAGUAAUCAAAUGGGAGAAAGGUUUGCAGCAGUAAAUGGGCCAAAUAUUCUGUAAUGAGCACAGCCCAGGCGCAGAGACUAAGCAAGCGGCAUGUGUUUGGACCCAGAGAUCAUAUCAUUUACUCCUCUCUUUCCUCUCAUUUCCUGUUUAGCUACUUUUAAAUAAAGACCAAUGGCCACGGAAAUCUGUUACUGUAACUUCCAGCAACUGAAUUCCAUUCUGUUUGUUCCUGUUUUUUUCCAAUAAUACAACAGUAGACAGUCUAUGAAAUUAAUGAGUAAAAGCUUUAUUAAACAACAGAGUAAAAAAA